AUGGCUUCCGUCACAGCUAAGCCGGCGCGCAGCGAGCGCUUUAAUUUAACCUCGGACGGCGGAGAGAGACAGGAGGCUCAGGGAAUAAAUGGCAAAGCGGCGGUCUUUGGCCCGCAUGCGCCUCCGAUUACUGUUCCUACCAAGACAAUUCAGUCGCCCGAGCAUUUGCGGGAGGCUUGGCACACGCUACGGCUGCUCUUAAGCUGUGCUAUCGUAUGGAUUAUUUGCGCCUUCGUAGACGCCAUCUACACCCCGCGCGACGCGAACUAUGUUCCCAGCAGAAGCCUGAUCAUCUCCUAUCAAUGGUGCAUGGUCGGGUAUGCCUCCAACCUGAUCCUUACGCUGAUGAAAGUUAUCUUCGAGACCAACCGCUCCAAGUUGAAGCUGCACAUGGUCAGCUGCUACAUCAACACCCUCGCCGCUACCAGCUAUGCCAUGUUGUGGACGGGGUUUUCGCCCAUCGUACCUGACGUACAGAGCUGCCUCUACAUCCCCCAGAGGUGGAUGUUGUACUGCUUCACCGCCCCCGCCAUCAUCUACAUCCUGUGCCAGAUCUCCGACUACACCACCAGAAUGAGGGUGUGGGUCAUCAUGCUCAAUGUGGGUGUUACGGGGAAAAGGGGGUUGGGGACCACGUGGAAUCUAUUUCCCUUCGUCUACUUCGCCGCUAUCGACGGCGCCCUGUCACUGGAGAUUUCGGAGCCGCUUUGGGCGGCGCUGGACUGGCUUACCAAGAUGGUCUACAGUUCGAGUCUCAUGGAGGCCAAUUUUUUUACGAUUGCGCAGCGCCGCGAGUUUGCUGUUCGCGCCAUCGAGGAGGCCAACCGCCUGGCCACCAUUCAGCAGUUGUCCACUGCAAUUGAGCGCAAGGACGACUUUUUGUCGGCCAUGAGUCAUGAGCUGCGAACACCACUGAACGGAAUCAUCGGCCUAAGUGAAUCGCUCAUGGCGGGUGCCUGCGGUCAACUACCCGAGAAAGCCGUUAAGACCAUUUCAACGGUCAAACUGUCUGGUAAGCGGCUGCUGCAACUAAUUAACGACAUUUUGGAUGCCGCCAAGAUGAAGCAGGGCACCCUGGUCAUUAAACAUGAGAAGGUGGACAUCAAGCGGUUGGUGACAGACGUGUUGGAUUUGUCGUUACCGUUGGUACGGAAGGGUGUACGGCUGGUCAACAACGUGGGCAAUGUACCCAAGAUUGUCGGGGACAAUGGGCGAAUUGUGCAGAUUCUGUACAACCUUGUUGGCAAUGCCGCCAAGUUCACCCGCCAGGGGGUCAUUUCGAUCACCGCGGGGGUGUCGGAGGAUAAUAUUAAGGUGUACGUCACCGUGUCCGACACCGGUGUGGGCAUCCCCAAGGAGAAAGUGCCCAAGAUUUUUGGGGCCUUUGAGCAGGCGGACAUGAGCACCACACGGCGGUACGGCGGUACGGGCCUGGGUUUGCACCUCGUGAAGGAGCUGGUGAAGGCGCACGGGGGGGAGAUCACCGUGGAGAGCGAGUCCACUAUAGGGCGGCUUGGAGUCCUUAUGCUUGCACCCUUGUUGUGUUCCCAUACGACUCGUCGCUUUCCGUACCUUCCGCCACUGUCGUACAUGGAGAAGUACGGCGGCUGCAUGGUGCUGUCGGUGGAUGACGACCCCAUCAACCAAAUGGUGGUGGAAAACCUGCUGUCGCCUGAGGGGUACAAAGUUGAACAGGCCAUGUCGGGCUCUGAGGCUCUGGACUUCCUGAAGAAGACCGCCACCCUGCCGGACGUGAUACUGCUGGAUAUCAUGAUGCCGGAUAUGAGUGGAUAUGAGGUAUGCCAGGAGAUACGACGACGUUACUCUGCCGUAUCCAUUCCCAUCAUCAUGGUGUCGGCCAAGGGCCAUCCGGAGCACGUAAUGAAGGGCCUGGAGGCGGGGAGUGUGGAUUACGUGAAGAAGCCCUUCCAUCGCCAGGAGCUACUCAGCCGGAUUAGGGCGCAAGUACGAAACAGGGAGAUUUUUGAGGCGGAGAUGGAGAGCCGUAAGGUGACGGAGAUGCUGAAGCGCAUUCUGCCCAUGUCCGUGAUACAGCGGCUGCAGCAGGGGCAGUCCAUGAUUGCGGAUGCACACGACGAAGUGACGGUGCUGUUUGCGUCCCUCUCAUCACGCAGCACCAGUGACGUGGUGCUCGUACUCAAUGAAAUGUACGGCACUUUCGAAAAGCUGCUGCUCAAAUACCAGGUCUUCAGGGUUGAGCACACAAGCGAGUCGUACUUGGUGGUUUCGGGGCAUGACGGCACCUCGGACCACAUCAAACGGAUACUAUCCAUGGCGGUUGACAUGCUGUCUGCCGUACAGCAACUAACUUUCCCAGGUGGCCAACAGAUCAACAUCCGUAUCGGUGUACACACGGGGCCGGCGUACGCGGGGGUGGUCGGGAUUGACAACCCCAGGUACUGUGUUUUUGGCGACACGGUAUCCGUUGCUAACGCGCUGGAGGCCAAGGGCUUUGAUAACACCAUCCACUGCUCAAAUGCGGUGUAUGGUGCCGUACGGUCAAAGGAGCGCGACCGUGGCAACGUUAUGUUCGUACCGGGCCGCAAGUCCAUGACAACGGGGCCCACUGUCAUGGACACUUUUAUUUACAAGGCGGGUAGUUGGGAGACGGCUUUAAAGCAGCUGGAGGAUGAGGAGCGGGAGAAAGAGGCAGCCGAGCGCGAGGCCAAGUUGGUUGAGGAGGGGGCGGCGGCGACCCGACGUGAAGGCCAGGAGGCGCUGGCGGCGCAGGAGAGGGCGAGGGCGGAGGCGCUGGCGGCGCAGAUUGAGGCUCUGGAAGCCGAGCGGAGGUCAACGGAGGCGCGGGUCGAGAUGGAGGCGGCGGAGAAGCGGCGAGUGCAGGAGAGGUUGGCGGCGGAAGCGGCGGCGAAGGCGGCGGCGCAGCAGCGGUUAGAGGCGGAGCGGGUGGCGGCGAAGGCGGCGAGGGCGGAGGCGGAGGCGCUGCGGAACCGGGCUGAGGCGGUGGAGGCGGAGCGGCUGAGACUCAAGGUAUGUGUCGCGUUGUUCCUAACCUUAGAAGGAAAAUCCUUCUCAUAUCAUUUCUAA